GGCCAAAUCUCAGUCUCUCUCUCUUUCCCUCCUUUAGAAGGCCGUUUGGGAUCUGUCACACUGAUCUGGAACAUUAGCUACCAGCUAAAUACAUACUGGAUAACUUGUUCUGUUAUACAAACUGAGUAAGAAUUGCCUGCCAGGAAUACUGGGAUGAGAAAAGGAAGAAUCUAAAAGGUACACAUGAUUCACUGGGCCAAGGAAAACAUCAGCACAGGACAGGAACCAGGACUUUGGAGGCCUGUGACGAGUGGAGGAAUAGCAGCGUCACACAGAAUGACAACACAUUGAUUUACCUGAGCUAGACAAUCAGGAAGACACAGAGGAAUUAAGUGAUUGCGCUGAAAUAGUGAGUAAUUUUGGAACAGAGUGGUGAACUGAAGAGGAAGGUCGUGCAGCAGCCUGUUCUGGUUCCUUUGCUCAUAUAAAUCAGACUUUUGUUUGGGCCUAGUGUGGCCUCCUGAAGCAGUGACCAGAACCAUGAAGCUGUCAGGGAAUGUGCUGGAUCUGGACUCCACAGACUACAGCACCACCCUUGAUCCCUCCUACACCAUGCUGGAGUUUGACAACCUCAGGGUGUUUCCUGUAGAGACAGAGUUGAUGAUGCCGGAGCCUGCCCCUCUGCUGCCACAGACCAACGGGAGCGUGUGUUCCAUAUGUGCAGACAGGGCCACAGGUAAACACUACGGUGCUUCCAGCUGUGACGGCUGCAAGGGCUUCUUCAGGAGGAGCGUCAGGAAGAACCACGCCUACACCUGCAGGUUCAGCAGGCAAUGUGUUGUGGACAAAGACAAGAGGAACCAAUGCCGUUACUGCAGGCUUCGGAAAUGUUUCCGAGCUGGCAUGAGAAAGGAAGCUGUGCAGAACGAGCGGGACCGCAUCAGCAGCCGCAGAGGAGAGGGACAGGGGUUGGGCACUCUGUCAAUCAGUGUACUGCUACAGGCAGAGGCCAGCAUGCAUCAGUUUCCAGCCCUGACCUCCCCUAUGAGCUGUGAGUUCAACACCAAGAAGAUAGCGCUCGUGGGGGACGUGUGUGAGUCCAUGAAGCAGCAGCUCCUCCUGCUGGUGCAGUGGGCCAAGCGCAUCCCAGAGUUCUGCAGCCUCCCCGUUGACGACAGGGUAUCCCUGUUACGAGCCCACUCUGCUGAACACCUCAUCCUAGGGGUGGCUCGACGCUCCCUGCCUUACAAUGACAUUAUCCUUCUGGGUAAUUACUUUGUGAUCCCAGUGAGCGGUCCUGAGGUGGAGGUGUCCAGGGUGGCUGCCCGGAUCCUGGAGGAGCUGGUCAAGCCUCUGAGAGAGCUGGACAUCACCGACAGCGAGUUUGCCUGCCUUAAAACCAUAGUCUUCUUCAGUCCUGACUGCCCAGGGCUGGAGGCCCCUCAGACAGUGCGUCGGCUGCGUUUCCAGGCCCAGGUGCUGCUGGACGAGGCCACCUGUGAACAGCGGGGGCGUUUUGGAGAGCUGCUGCUGAUGCUGCCCCCCCUGCAGAGUGUGGCCUGGCAGAUGGUGGAGACCCUGCAGCUGGCCAGGCUCCUGGGGGAGCCCAGCGUGGACAGCCUGCUGCAGGAGAUGCUGCUGGGGGAGGGGGCCACUGGGGGCCUGAGACAACGCACAGGGCACGGUACACUCCAGAGGGGAGAUACUUACAGUCCUAACUCAAAUGUAAUGGUGUUCCCCCAACCCCAAGAUCACACCUUGUCUCAGGACCUACUAGGAGGCCAUGUUGGGUUGCCUAGCAACUUCACAUCAGUCAUCCUACCUGUUCCUAGCUCUCUGCCAGUGGUGCCUCUGGUGCCCACACAGACUGGCACUGAGGUGUACAGACAUGGAGAGGGGGCAGACAUGCCCAUAGAGUCUGCCCACAGCAUGCCCAUGGCUCCUGUCCACACCUGCCUCUGAGAAGCAGACCAAGCAGCAGCAGCUACUAUACAGAGAGGAGAAAAAAGCUGUGUGGUCUAAACAUGCACGCGCACACACACAUCUAAUCCGGCCCGCGUUUGGUUUGAGUAAAAUGUUUGUUUUUGUUAAUAACCACUUCGAGGAAAUACAACACAGGGCAAAAUGAGUUGCACACACCUGACCUGGUGUUGGUGCAUCCAGGCCGUACUACUAUAUGAACACAACAUGAAGUAGAGGCUGUUACAUGGACACUACUAACCCAAAAAUGGACUUUGACUCAACCAGCCAGUCCUCUCCCGUAUCCACCUUUGCACAAUGCACAUUACACACAGGGAAUAUGAUGCACACAAUUAAUAAUUGAUCAGGAAUGGUUCUUUAUGUUAACCAUUCACUGACAAUUAAAAUCAAUAACGACCACAGCUCGAUAGUAUGUUAUCUUUAUUAGAUCAUGGUUGGGUGAGUGAGUUGUGUUGUCAUGUUAAUUAAAGACAGUGAGGUCGCAGUGGUGAAGUAAGAACAAUUUCAUGUUUUUUAUAUUCAGGAUCAUUGUCCAUGCAGAUGUUGGUACUGUUAAACAUUUUAAAGUUACUCAUAAAAAUGUUUUUUUUUUUAAAGGAAAUAAAUGAAAAAUAAAUUUGUAGAGCCUG